CCCGAAAAUUUAACCCGCUUCUGAGCCAUCAGUCAUAAUUUUUGAGGUCAUCUGUAAUCCGCACAAAAAUUGUACCACAUUUAAAAAUUGAAAAUGGAGAAGCAGCCAGUGAAAAUCGUGUUAAAAACUACAAUGGGAGAUAUUGCUGUAGAGUUAUACUGGCGACAUGCUCCAAAGACAUGCAAAAAUUUUGCAGAAUUGGCACAAAGAGGCUAUUACAAUAAUUGCAAAUUUCAUAGAGUUAUAAAGGAUUUCAUGAUUCAAGGUGGGGAUCCAACUGGAACAGGGAAAGGAGGAGCAUCUAUAUAUGGACCAACAUUUGAAGAUGAGCUCACAAGAGAACUUAAGCAUACAGGAGCAGGAAUAUUAUCAAUGGCAAACAGUGGACCAAAUACAAAUGGCAGUCAGUUUUUUAUAACCUUGGCACCAACACAGUGGUUAGAUGGUAAGCAUAGUAUAUUUGGUAGAGUAAGUGAUGGUAUGGAGGUUGUAAAAAGGAUAGGUCUAGUGGCCACAGAUGAUGGUGACAGGCCUGUCGAAAAUGUGUUUAUAAUGAGCACAGCAACACAAUAACAUGUUCUUCAGUCAUGUUCCACUCCAUAUCCUGGGUACUAGUCACCAGUCCACACAGACACUUGCGAAGUGUAGUAGUGUCAACGGUAGCCAGUGGUGGUGUGACCCAAUGGUGGAAU